UAAACUGUUCUCCCACCCUCUCCCCCCCUUGUCCUUUGUCUUCCUUCUCCUCCAUGGGCUCCUCGGAUCGAUCCAAGAAGAGAACCCACCUAUGGAAGAAGGCGCUCCUCCACUUCGCCUUGUGCUUCGUGACCGGCUUCUUCACCGGCUUCGCCCCGACCAGCACCGCCUCCCUCUUCUCCCGCCACGACGCCUCCAUUCGGCCUGCGACCGCUGACUCCUUCAACCGGAGCCUGAUGGCCGAGAUACCCGCCGAGACGCCUGCCGCGAGCGAGCGGCUCGGACCUGCGACCGCUGACUCCUCUGUCAACCGGAGCCUGAUGGUCGAGACACCCGCCGAGACGCCGGCCGCGAGCGAGCGGCUCGAGCGAGGGUCCGAGAGGCAGCUGAUCGUGGUCACCACGACCCAGUCCGGCGACCGCCUGCAGGGGCCGCUCCUGAGGAGGCUGGCCGACACGUUGAAGCUGGUGCCGCCACCGCUGCUCUGGGUCGUCGUCCAGGCCCGCGCCGCCGCGCCCGAGACCGCCGAGGUGCUGAGGAGGACCGGCGUCGUGUACAGGCACUUGACCUUCGACGCGAACUUCACCGACCCGGCGGCGGAGGCCGACCACCAGAGGAACGUGGCCCUGAACCACAUUGAGUAUCACCGGCUCACCGGGAUCGUCCACUUCGCAGGCGCCUCCAACGUCUACGAUCUCCGGUUCUUCCAGGAGAUGAGACAGAUCGAGGGAUUUGGGGCAUGGCCAGUGGCGCUGGUAUCAGCAAACAGGAAGAGAGUGGUGGUGGAGGGGCCGAUCUGCAACUCCUCCAAGGUCGUGGGGUGGCUCUUCAGGGACUUGGCUAGUGACAAGAUUGGUCUCGGUAGUCUCCUGACUGAUGCUGACAUGAAAGCGAAGCCUCCAAGGAUCAACAUCUCAGGCUUUGCCUUCAACAGCUCCAUACUCUGGGAUCCUGAGAGAUGGGGCCGAGCCACCUCUGUGCCGGACACAUCCCAGGACUCGAUCAAAUUCGUCCGAGAGGUGCUACUAGAAGAUGAGACCAAGUUGAAGGGCAUUCCUGCUGAUUGCUCCAAGAUCAUGCUGUGGCAUCUCUACAUUCCAAGAGCCACCAAUCUGCCCUCCCACCACCAAAUCCAGAAUGCAAGCAGAUGAGGAGAAGAAAGAUAAGUCAUGUAAAUGGAGAGAGAGAUUCAUUGUUACUUUUGCCAAUUUUGGAGGAGGAAAUUAGCCAUCUUCCAAACUACUAUUAUUUAUUGUUAGUUCUCAAUAUUCUUUAGCUGGUGUUGGUCACCAUACUCAGUUUAAGGAACACUUAAAGUAUAAGACAGGAAUGAUCAGACGAAGGCAACUCAUCGUUCAUCUCCAAGUCUUAUUCCAUGUACAAGCAGCUGCUGGCAUUUUAAAGGCCCCAAGAACUCAACAGGAAUGAUCAUGGCAUGUGCAGGGGAAGAGCAUCUGAGUUGGUGAGCUUGGAAUCCAACCAUGUGUGCUGCAGCCACCGACUGAUCAUCUCCAUGCAAUAGAAUGCGAUUGAAGAAAGCUGUGUGUUGGAGGUAGAAACAAUGUCAUGUUGGUCUCCACUCAACCACUUCUUUGGCUCUCUGUGAUGAUUGAUCAAUGGACACGAGGAAGAAGAGUUGCUUUCACUCACAAAGCAACCGCAUGCCAUGCCUUCCUUCA